AUGCUUGCCAUGUUUUUACUUGUUGUUAGUCAUAAUACUCGGUAUUGCUUGAUUCGUAAAACAUUUGGGCGAUUACAUUACAAUACUAGCCAAAACUUCAACAAGGUGUUGAAAGCAUUGAAGAGCAUUGCAGUAGAUAUGAUGGUCAAACCUGGAUCUACAGUGCCAGAAAAAAUAAGAGAGAACACAAGAUUUUACCCUUACUUUAAAGAUUGUAUUGAAGCUAUUGAUGAAUUUAUAUAUGUACUCAGUGGGUGGGAGGGGUCUGCCCAUGAUUCACUUGUGUUGACAGAUGCUUUAUCUAAAUAUUUUUUAGUGGAUGGAGGGUAUCCAAAUCGACGUCAAUUCUUGGCUCCUUUUCGAGGUGUACGUUAUCAUCUUCAAGAAUUCACUGGUCAGGGUCGUCACCCUGAAAAUGCAAAAGAGUUGUUCAAUCUUCGUCAUGCUUCUUUGAGGAACGCUAUUGAGAGGAUAUUUGGUAUAUUUAAAUCACGGUUCAAAAUAUUCAAAGCAGCUCCGCCAUUUCCAUAUACAACACAAGCAGAGCUUGUAUUGGCUUGUGCUGGAUUGCACAAUUUUCUUCGUAGGGAGUGUCAUUCUGAUGAAUUUUCAAUCGAACUAGAUAAUGAAGUCCCAUCAUCUUCAUCAGAACAAGUUUAUGAAGAUGACAACUUUGAUCAAUUAUUUUCUCAAGAACAACAACGAGCGAAUGUUAACUCAUGGAGAGAGAGUAUAGCCAAUCAAAUGUAG